AUGUGGUUCUUGACGGGUGCACCAUGUGCCGUGGCUCUUGCCCCUUCGUGGCUAUUUCCGGCGAAAGGCGGCUCCUGGAGUCCUAUACGAGCUCGGGGAGGCUGCACUUCGCGUGUGCUUCGGAAGUCAAGUGAGCCUGAGAAGGAUCGCAUUCUUAUUCUUGGCGGUGGCGUCAUCGGAAUAUCCGUCGCAUACCAUCUAGCCUUGCGGGGACGGCGUGUGACUGUUGUGGAUCAUGCCGGGAUUGCCAGCUGUGCGAGUGGGAAGGCAGGUGGCUUCCUGGCCAGAGACUGGAACGAUGGGACACCUCUUCGCGAUCUCACAAGGAAAAGCUUUGAUAUGCAUGCAGCAGUAGCCCAGGAGCUAGGCCUAAAAUCCUACCGACGACUCCGGUGCAAGGCUGUGACUGUUGGUGGUGAUUUCUCAAAACCGGCAUCCCGCAAGCUGGCAUCCCUGGAGUGGGUGGAUUCUGGGGCCCAAAGUGAGCGCUUCAUGGGCGACGAGUCGACCAUUGCACAGGUGCAUCCAAAAGAUUUGACUGAAGCCAUGUGGAAGGCUUGUCAAGAGAAGGUCGGGUCUGAGUUCCUUUUGGGUACAGUCAACGAGGUGUUGACCGAAGAUGCAGGUGAUGAGAAGCGUAUCAGAGGGGCAAUGGUCAAUGGAGAAGACGUGUUGGCAGACACGGUGGUUUGCUGCAUGGGUCCCUGGGCCCAAGUGCUCCGCCUGAUGCAUCCGCAGUUCCAGGUUUACGGUGUCAAGUAUCACAGUGUGCUACUGCAGAGUGAGCGAGUGCUCUCAGAGGCCGUGUUCUUCAAUGGUAUGGGAAAUCCGGAGGUCUAUCCCCGUGGCGACGGGGAGAACUACAUCACAGGUUUCCCAGACCCCCCGACUGUGGUGUCUGAAACCCCAGGAAACGUCCAGGUGAGAGAGGAUGUCUGCGAGAGGCUCACAACCACGGUGCGCAAGGUUUCGGCCGAGAUGCAGUCCGCUAAACUUACGACGAAGCAGUCGUGCUAUUUGCCUUUCACUGCAGACAGCCUUCCAGCAAUGGGCCCGCUGCCUUCGAUUCAGGGUGGGUAUGUUUGCGUUGGACAUGGGUGCUGGGGGAUUCUCAACAGCCUCGCAAGUGGACUGGGCAUGUCCGAGCUGAUUUUGGAUGGAAAGGCCACUUCAGUGGACAUCGCACCCUUUCAUCCGGAUCGCUUGCUGGCAGACUAUGAGCCCGAGUGGGCGCCUAGCUCCUGA